AUGGAGGAUUUGGAAUAUGCAGGGAUAAACUUUGGUGUUAUAGUUUUUCUUUAUUUAUUUUCAGUCCUCUUUUUUUUGAAAUUAAAUACUAAGCGGUUCACAUAGAAGACUUAAGAUUAGAAUUAAAAUACUCCGAGCUCUUGUUUGGAUUAGAUUUUAGAAGCAUUUGUAUUUUGGCCUUGCGAAACUAAAAAGAACCGCAAGUUGGUAAAGUACUUAGAAUAUUUAGAUUUGCAUAGAGAAAAUAUUAAAUGUCAUUGUCAUUUUCACUAAUUAAGAAGUAGCAUAAUCAUUAUUCGAAUAACAACAAAACUUUAAAGAUGACUUGUAAGUUUAAUUAUUUAAGUACCUCUACAUACCAUUAAUAUGUUUUGUGGGAUUUUUGCUUUAGAAAGUGUUUUAUUAUAUGAAUUAUUGCUUCUAUAAAAAAUGCAUUUUCAAGUAAUUAGAAAAAAAGUAUCCAAAAACGUCAAAAUUUGCAUUUUCUGACCCAAGAUCAAGGAGUAUGUUUUUUUUUGGAUAUGUUAUUGCAAAUUUGGUUGUAAUUGUAAUUGUUUUUUCGGAUGCUAAAAAUGCUACAUUUGGCAGCUGUAUAUUAUCAGCAUUGAUAUCCUCAGGAAUAUAAAUAUUCGGACUGGAAUUGCUUUUUGUUAUUGUUUUAAUCUAGUUUAUUCAGAUAGAUUAUAAGAUUUAUACAAUAUUGUUUUAAUAAAAGUAACUAAUUUAAUCCAAUGAAAAAGUAAUUUUUUAAUGUUAUUGGUCUUAGAUAGAAAGGUAUAAUCAAGAAAUCUAAACCCUUAGAUGA